AUGGCUGCUCCAUCGACCUGCACGCUGCACAACUUGACUGGCAAGUUCAAAACCAAUAAGCAGCUUUCAGACAGUUCUGAUCCGCUUCUUGCUAUUCAAGGCAUCAAUUGGGCCAUCCGUAAGGCAAUGGGUGCCGUACCGAUUGUCAUCAACAUCAAGGCCUGCCCCACUGAAAAUGGCGUCGACGUGAUCGAGGCCGAGAACGUCAUUGGAGGGGGAAUCCACAAAGCCAAGGAGCGUCGUUUGCUCAACUGGGACGUCGUUGAGCGUACCGAUGCCAACUUUGGUCGUCUCAGGGUCCAGAAUGGAUGGUCGGCACUGUCCGAUAUCAAGGAUAAAUUCCUCACAGCUGGGCUUCAGAAGGAGCACAGUCAAGACCCUGUCAUCAUGAUCAAGGUUGAAAAUCUUGACCACGCAUGGACUCAAGAGCAAACGUGGGGGUUCGAAGAGAUUGACGGUAUCAGACGUUAUGUUCGUAAGAUUGUUGUGACGAAGGAAGGCAAACGGGAGACGGCCCGCCUGGUCUUCGAUUAUGAAUUAGCCUAA